GUCACUUGUCAACAAUUUUUGUUGAGUUAGUUGUUUUUGUAUACCUAAUUAUUUUCAAUAUAAAUAUCAUAAUACAUAUUUUAACAUAUUUUUCUCAAGUUUUCUAAAUUAAAAAUGUAUGCAGCAUCUCCGACACACUCUCAUUUGGAUAUAUCCCCAGAUAAUGGCUACUUACGGCGAAAGAGAGCUCUUGCCAGAUUCAGAGCAACCGUUCGCCUCGUAAUGGCGAAUCUCUACUGGAUAGGUGAUCCUGAAGAUAUGAAGAUUGGCGACAACGUUAAGCGCAAUAUCCGUUUGCUUAUGAGAAGGAAAAGAAUACAGAGUUUAUUGACUAUCAAAGAGAAGUCGAUUUUAAAUAAACCUAAAGAGAUGCGUACAGAUGAGGAGAAGAAGAUAUUGGUUAAGUGUAUUAGUGGUCUCAGGUGUUUUAGGAAGUAUCCUCCAGAGGUGAAAGAAAAACUGGCUGCUGUUACUUAUUUCGAGUAUUUCGGACCUGGAAGGGUAGUUAUAAAACAAGAUCAUUCACCCGAAGCAAUGUAUUUUGUACUGAUUGGCGAAUGCACCGUUUUAAAAACCAGAUUCGACCAAAUACUCAAAGAAUACGUAACCGAAGAAAUAGGGACUAUAGGUCCAGGAGGAAUGUUCGGUGAAGUGGCUUUACUGCACGGAACCGGAAGAUUAACCACAAUCAAAACCCACACCGAUUGUGAGUUUCUGAAAGUAAAAAAGGCGGACUUCGAGUACGUGUUGAAAGAAACUGUCACUGCCCUGUGGGAUCGGUUAAACAGCGUAUUGGAUCGACUUACUUAUUUUAAGAAUUGGGACUAUAUUACGAAAAGGGAAUGUUGUAUAAUUUGUAAAACCAGAAAUUUUGAGCCUAAUGAGACUAUUUUGGGAGACGGCGUAGGACUUCAACAGCAUGUAUAUUUCGUGAUCGAAGGAGCCUGUAUGUUGGUGGAAAAUAUGAAGAUCAGAGUAUACGAAAAAUGCGGAGUAAAGACAUAUCGUUUGGACACUGUUUCAGAAGCUUCCUCUCAAGUUACUGAGGAAAAUAUAUCAAGAAUUUUAGGCAAAUACUAUAGAGAUGACGAUGCCGUCACUCCUAAGAUGUCGGCUGUCACUUGGAAGCUUUCCUCUGCGUCUGCUGAUGUCACUCCCAAAAGUUCAACCGGAUUAGACUUUCGUAAGUCAUCUUCGCUGAAAGCUGCGCUAAAGAGUAGGUCUAGUAGCAAUCGACCUAGUGGUGCUAGUAUAAACCGUACAGCUAUAUCUAAGGAUAGUAUUAAAACAUUUGAGGAAAUUCUAGAGACAGAAUAUGAUCUAAGUGUAUUUUCGGGGUCUAUAAAAGAUAUUGUGGUUCAUCCAUCUUACAAUUUGAAGACGCACUUUAUCAAGUUGUGUGAGAUGUUACCUGGUUCGUGUUUUAAUGUUGGAGAGACAUUUGAGAGAAGACGAAUCAUAAGUUUAACUCGCGUUAAUUGCUUGUUAAUACCGCGGUACUGGCUUUUUAAGAACAAUGCCGACAAUACCUGGAGCAUGGUGCUAGGUUUUAUAAACAGACAUAUUCCGAAUACUAGAAAAGCUUUUAAAUGGUUUGUCCGCGAGCAAAAGUUUAAAAAAUACAGAAAAAAAUUGGUGGACCAGAUACUGGAGGAAAAAAGAGUGUGCAAUGAUAAUUCCAUACACAAUGUACCCUAUAGCAUCCGUUUAAAAGAAGGUUAUGAUAUCUAAAAUUAUAUGUGUAGAUUAAUAGAUACAGUAAAAGCUAGAUUUAUUUUUUCA